GUACGUCAUGAAUACCUUCAGCUACAUAAGAAGUGGAGUCGUAUGCAUAAAGCUCCCCUAAUUUCAUGUGUCUUACCUGAAGGAUGCUGCUGCUGAGAAACAAAAGCUAAAAAAUGUAAUUGUAAUAUAAUUGAAGGUCUAACAGGCGCUGCACAAAGGGGGGUACGCCAAUAACCAUGAAUGUGGUCAUACAAACUUAAUGACUAUUUAGCACAGCCACCCAUGGUUGAAACGGUUGGGGCAUGUGCCUCCCAGUUCAGCUCAAGUGACGUUCAUGCCCCAUUUCUUCGUCAGCAUUUGACAACAAUGGACGUUAUCUGGGAAAUUACUGCAUGGACCAAUUACCUUGCAUAACCGAUCUGCAGCCGAGUGUUCUAAAAGUUCCUUCUUAGAUAUGGCGAUUACCACCUAUCAUGGUUCAGAGCUUGUUCCAGUCCUAUGUACGCAUGUAAUAGAAGAUAGUUUGUAUGUCCAAGUCCAAGUCGAAUGACUGGCA